GGUGGGGCCUCGCACGGGGGCGGGGCCAGCCUGCGGGCCCAGACGUGGCGCAGAGGCCGGGUGCUUCAUUUCUAGCUUGCGGAUCUUUUGCGUCCCGGUUCCGAUGCGCCUCUCGCUGCCUCCACCACCCCUGCUGCUGCUUUUCGCGGCACUCGCCGCCGCUACCACCACCUUCCGGCCCGACUGGAACCGUCUGCACCGCCUGGCCCGAGGCCGGGUGGAGACCUGUGGGGGAUGACAGCUGAACCGNNCUCCCCAGGUGAAGGCCUUUGUCACCCAGGACAUCCCAUUGUACCACAAUCUGGUAAUGAAACAUCUCCCGGGGGCCGACCCAGAGCUUGUACUGCUGGGCCACCGCUACGAAGAGUUAGAGCGAAUCCCACUCAGCGAAAUGACCCGCAAGGAGAUCAACGCACUGGUGCAGGAGCUCGGCUUCUAUCGCAAGGCGGCGCCCGACGACCCUGUGCCCCCCGAAUACCUGCGGGCGCCCGCUAGGCCCGCCGAGGGCGCUCCGGACCGCGCUGACCUGUAGGUCCGGGAGCGCGGCAUCCCCCUGUCUGAGCCCUGGGGACAGAAUGAAGCGCUCAGCGUCCCGGGAACACCUCCCUCGCUGAGGGUCGACGCCCCGUCCCCAAGCCGGCAGGGAUAGAGUUGGGAGUUUCUCUCAACCCCCCUUAUUCCCUCCUCAGCAACACUAAAUCACUUUUCGUCUUAAA